CAAACUACCAUCAUUUCUAAUCUAAAAUCUCAUGAUUACCUCCCUAAUCAUCCUUACUCUCUAUCUAUAAAAAUAGUAAGAGACCCAACUUAAAUUGUACAACUUAAAUUUUGAAAUCAAACCCAUCAAAAGUUAAACCCAAAAAUGGCUUCCGAAUCAUCAUCAAGUUCCAACACACCUUACCCCAUCAAAACAGUGGUGGUUUUGGUCCAAGAAAACCGCUCCUUCGAUCACAUAAUGGGUUGGAUGAAGUCCCUAAACCCUGAAAUCAAUGGAGUCUCUCCAAACCAAUUCUCCAACCCCAUUUCCACAUCAGACUCAAACUCAAACCAGCUCUACUUUGGUGACAAGUCUGUGUACGUAGUCUCGGACCCUGGUCACUCAUUCCAAGACAUCUACGAGCAAAUAUUCGGCGAACCAUGGACCGAGCAAACCGCCGCCCAAAACCUCCCUCCAAAAAUGAAUGGAUUUGCUCAAAACGCAGAGAGAAAUCAAAGUGGUAUGUCUGAGGCAGUCAUGAAUGGGUUUAUACCUGAUAAAGUGGCUGUUUUUAAGGAGUUGGUGCAGGAGUUUGCGUUGUGUGAUAACUGGUUUGCUUCUAUGCCGGCUUCUACUCAGCCGAAUCGGCAGUACGUGCAUUCGGCUACGUCGCAUGGGCUUUCCGGCAAUGAUACUAAGUUGCUUAUUGAAGGGAUGCCUCAGAAAACCAUAUUUGAAUCUUUGGAUGAAGCUGGUCACAGUUUUGGGAUUUACUAUCAGUACCCUCCGGCCACCUUAUACUACAGGAACCUUAGAAAAUUGAAAUACUUAUUACACUUCCACGACUUUGAUCUACAUUUCAAGAAGCAUUGUGAGGAAGGGAACUUACCAAACUACGUUGUAAUUGAACAAAGAUGGUACGACCUGUUAUCAAUACCUGCAAACGAUGACCACCCAUCUCAUGAUGUCUCAGUAGGACAAAAAUUCAUCAAGGAAGUCUAUGAAGCAUUGAGAGCAAGCCCACAAUGGAAUGAAAUGUUGUUCAUAAUUACAUAUGAUGAGCAUGGUGGAUUUUACGACCAUGUUCCAACACCAGUGACCGGAGUCCCUAGUCCCGAUGACCUUGUUGGUCCUGCACCAUAUUACUUCAAAUUUGACCGUCUUGGUGUUAGGGUUCCAACCAUCUUAAUUUCUCCAUGGAUUGAACGUGGAACAGUGUUGCAUGGUCCUUCAGGGCCAUAUGAAACUUCACAGUUCGAGCAUUCCUCCAUUCCAGCAACUGUUAAGAAGAUUUUCAAUCUAAAAGAGUUUCUAACUAAGCGUGAUGCAUGGGCUGGCACUUUUGAAGGUGUUUUGACUAGAAAAACCCCAAGAUCCGACUGUCCAGUUACUUUAGGGGAACCUGUGAAACUACGCGAUGAUGGGCCACCAGAUGAGGCAAAACUUAGUGAGUUUCAAGAAGAGUUAGUACAAUUGGCCGCAGUAUUGAACGGAGACCACAGAAAGGAAACCUACCCUGACAAAUUAGUGGAGAACAUGACUGUUGCAGAGGCUGCUAAAUAUGUUACAGAUGCAUUCAAGACAUUCCUAGAUGAAUGUGACAAAGCCAGGGCAAGUGGAGUAAGCGAGGAUGAGAUUGUUGUUUGUGCUACAAACUCAUCAUCCAAAUCCAUUGCUUCUAAGCUAUUUUCUUGCUUGAUCUGUGAUAAUUGACUAAUUUCCAUUUUCACUUCUCUGCAAAUCACAUUCAUUGGUUUUCGAUUGAAGCACGACUUUGGCCUUGUAGAAUCAGUUUGGAGCUGCGUUUUAGCUUACGUUCUUCGGAUUUACAGAUUCAUUUGUUAAAUAAUGUAGAGACCCUGUAUAUCUAUGUUCUUUAUUCUGAUUCCAGUUAUAUUAAUGUCAAACUUUUU